AUGGCCUCCUACGCCAGCGACGACCCCGAUGCCGGGCCCUUGCUCGCACCGGCCUCGACAACACGGGCGCGCCACCGGGUGCGCAUCCAGGGCCGGCUUGUACACAUCCGGAGCGUGUCUAGCUGCGUGGCUACGGCAUUGGCGGGGCCGGCAACAUACGUGCGUCGCCCGACGGAGGUGGUGCAGUUCUACGCCUUGAGCCGGACAGGAACAGGGCAAGACCGAGGCCGUCGACGAUGGCAGUGGGUGAGCAGUCUGUUUGGUGUGCGGGGACAAAAGGACAUUGUAAAGGACGGGCAGGGCCAUCACGACGAAGACAGAGCAGUGGACGCCGAUGCCGUCCAAGGUGAGGGGAGGCCAUAG